AUCAAGCACCUAGGAAUGCAGACUGCUUCUACAAACAUUUGUGAAAGGAUGGGUCGCUCUCAGGAGCUCAGUGAAUUCAAGCAUGGUACCGUGAUAGGUUGCCACCUGUGCAAAAAUUCCAUCUGUCAAAUUUCCUUUCUACUAAAUAUUCCAAGUACAACUGUUAGUGGUAUUAUAGCAAAGUGGAAACAACUGGGAACAUCAGCAACUCAAGCCAUGAAGUGGUAGGCCAUGUAAAAUGACAAAGCGGGGUCAGUGCAUGCUGACGCACACAGAAGUCGCCAACUGUCUACAGAGUCAAUAGCUAAAGGCCUCCAAACUUCGUGUGGCCUUCAGAUUAGCACAACAGUGCCUAGAGAGCUUCAUGGAAUAAGUUUCCAUGGCCGAGCAGCUGCAUCAAAGCCUUACAUCACCAAGUGCAAUGCAAAGUGUCGGAUGCAGUGGUGUAAAGCAUGCCACAACUGGACUCUAGAGCAGUACUUGACUGACUGCAUUGUGCCAAGUGUAAAGUUU